CUUAGAUUCCCGAGAAAAUUAUAACCAUUGAAAAGAUAAGCACUGACCUCAAUCAUUAAAAAAAUAAUUGUAUUGUUUAUCACUGACUUCCCAUCUCCAAUACACGUUGCUUUCUGGAGACGUAAAAGACAGACCAUCCAUUAAUUAGAUUAAAAUGGCUUCCAAGUUGUUGCUGUUGGUGGUGUUCGUGUUUGAUCUGAUUGCUUUUGGACUUGCGGUUGCAGCUGAGCAGAGGAGGUCUACUGCUGAAACCGCUGAUACUGGCACUUAUACCUACUGUAAAUAUGACAAGGAUAUUGCAACUAGCUUAGGUGUGGUUUCAUUCCUGUUCCUUUUAGCUAGUCAAAUCCUUAUUAUGGUGGCAAGUCGAUGCUUGUGCUGUGGGAAGGCUAUGAGACCUAGUGGUGCCAGGGCGUGGGCCAUCGUCUUAUUUAUCACCUGCUGGGUGUUCUUUUUCAUUGCUGAGGCUUGCUUGCUGGCGGGGUCAGUGCGAAAUGCCUACCACACCAAAUACAGGAUUUCCUUGGGCGACAAUCCCCCAUCUUGUGAAACUUUGAGAAAGGGAGUGUUUGGAGCUGGAGCUGCCUUCAUCGUCUUAACAGGCAUAAUCUCUGAGCUUUACUAUGUUAGCUUUUCCAGAGCUAAUGAUGGGAAGGCUCCCUACAGCAGAGACACUGGCGUGACGAUGGGAAACUUAUAGCUGAACUGAGAUUGAUGGGUUAGAAAUGUUUUUGCUUGUAAUUUUGCUAAUCAGUUGGCUUCAUAUUAUGAUAUGAAACAACGUAGUGUGUCAGGGCUUGUCACUUAGUGUAAAUUUAUUUUGCAUAUGGAAUUGAAUGACAGUCUUACCAAUCUACUAUUGUGUUUCAUA